AUGCCAUCUACCAAAGGAGAAGAGGCUGUUAUUCUUUGCUUUCUCUGGCUACGAUUGCUUUUGGCUUAUCGGCGUCUGUUGCGGGCCAGACGCCGUAUUCGCCGCCCUCUGGCUGCGUCUGCCUCUGAAUGGGACCUGAAUAUGUGGGAUGAUUCGAGGUGUUGGAGCCUCACGAGGUUCCAUCUGCGAGGUCCGAGUACUUGCCCUGAUUCUACCACUGCCUGA